CCUCCAAAAUUUAGUGCAGUUAAUCUGGAACGGCAUAUCGUCCUCGACCGUUUGGCACAGGUUUGCUGCAAUGUGACAGAAUCAAAUCCUCCAGCAACACAUUUUCGGUACCUGAGGGACAGUGAACAACUGGCAAACGACACAAAUCAUAUAAUUUUGGUAGACGCAUCAAAUCAGAGCAGCUGCCUUAAGAUUCUGCGGCCGACCGAAAAUGACUUGGGAGAAUAUCAGUGUGAGGUGAGCAAUGGAAAGUCAAAAUCUCAUCAAAUGGUUAUCGUCAAGGAAGCAACACCACCGGGUGAAGUUCACGUAUCAUUGCAAGAUGUUGGAAUGACGUACGUUGUUUGGAAAAUUGAUGAAGGAACUGACGAGCAAUUGCCAAUACGUUCAUACAUCAUCGAAUAUAUCAAAAAAUCUAUUUUAGAUCAAGUUUGUCUGCAUAUACAGUAA